AUGGCAGUCGCCUCAUCAGCUGCGACCACGACGGCGAUCGCUUCACGGGGAGCGUCCGUCGCAUCACGUGGCCUUUCCCGCGCCGCCACCUCCAUAGAAGCCACUCAGGCAGCGAUGCUGUCCGCAAGCAACGCCGUUUCCCACGGCGCGCACGCUCCCGGAUCUUUCACCUGCAUGCAAUGGUCGUCGACGCUCAGAAGCCAAUCAGGACGGGCGAGUCCCUUCUCUAGUUCAUCUUUCUUCUCAGGCGGUCUCGCUCGGGACUCGCUGCUGUCAUCGUCGCAUCCAGUCGGAGCCGCGUCGCGUCUCGCGUCUACCUUCUCCGCGCACGCAUCCUCUUCCGACUCCGCCGCGAGCGCAAGUCCUAUCGGUUCCGCCUCCGCCCCCCGCUCCGCUGUCGCUGGCGCAACUCCCGCUGUCCGCCAGGGCGCAGUGUUGCCGACGUCGGAGUACACUCUUGACGAUUCGUCCGAAUCCUCGUCAUCCGAUUCCGAAUCUGACGGCUCUGGUUCACGCGCGCUCGAGGCGCUGUACGAGGCGCGUGCGAAGAGUGGACUGUCUGCCUCUGUCGGCGGAGCAUCUGCGGGUUCAGGGGUUGAGCGGGGGUUUCCUCGGGGUUUAACAUCCGAUUCGGAAGCGGAGGUUUUUGAUAGCGACGAUGAAGCGAGCAGCGACGAGGAGGGUGAGGUGGUGCUGGUUGACGUGUCCGAUACUGACGUGGACAGGGAUGAGCUGGCGAUCGAAAGCCUCGGCCUCGCGACGAUUCUUGAGCAAUCGCUGCUGAAGCGAGGAAUCGCACGGCUCUUCCCCAUUCAGCACGCGGUGCUGGCGCCGUCAAUGGAGGGGCGCGACAUCAUCGCGCGUGCCAAGACGGGCACGGGGAAGACGCUAGCGUUUGGAAUCCCCAUCUUGGAGCGCAUCACGCGGGAGAUCGAGGAGAACAACGGAAGGCGCCCGUUCCGCGCGCCCCGCUGCCUGGUCCUCGCGCCGACGCGCGAGCUAGCCAAGCAGGUCGAGCGCGAGUUCUGCGAGUCGGCGCCGAACCUCUCCACGGCGUGCGUGUACGGCGGAGUCUCCAUCGACGGGCAGAUGCGCCAACUCAAGCGCGGCGUCGACGUGGUCGUGGGCACGCCUGGGCGCCUGAUAGAUCUGAUUGAGCGCGGCACGCUCAGCCUGCGGGAGAUUCAGUUCAUGGUGCUGGACGAGGCGGAUCAGAUGCUGGCCGUUGGAUUCGAGGAGGAUGUGGAGCGGAUCAUGGAGAAUCUGCCCGAGGGGGGGCGCAUUCAGAUGAGCCUGUUCUCGGCGACCAUGCCGUCCUGGGUCAAGAAGCUCAGCCGCAAAUACCUCACCAGCCCGCUCACAAUCGACUUGGUGGGCGAGAAGGAGGAGAAACUCGCGGAGGGAAUUCGCCUGCUGUGCGUGCGCGCGCCCAAUGCAUCAAAGCGCUCCAUUCUUGUCGACCUCAUCACGGUCCACGCUUUGGGCGGCAAGACGAUUGUCUUCACUCAAACCAAGAAGGACGCGGACGAGGUGGCCAUGGCGCUGGGUCGCUCGGUGGGCUGUGAGGCGCUCCAUGGGGACAUCCCCCAGCAGCAGAGGGAGCGCACCCUGCAGGCCUUCAGGGACGGGCGAUUCGUGGUGCUCGUUGCCACGGAUGUGGCGGCUAGAGGGCUCGAUAUCCCCAACGUCGACCUGGUGAUUCACUACGAGAUCCCCAACGACCCUGAGACGUUUGUGCAUCGGUCGGGGCGAACGGGGCGAGCGGGCAAGACUGGGUGCACCAUCCUCAUGUACACGGACUCGCAGCUCCGUUCCCUACGCAUGAUUGAGCGUGAUAUCGGCUGCAAGUUUGAGAAGGCCUCCCCUCCCCACCCCGACGACGUCCUCCAAGCCUCCGCCAACCAGUCAGCCGCCCUCAUCUCCCGCGUCCACCCUGAACUCGCGGAGUCCUUCCUGGAAACUGCCGAGAAGCUUCUCGAGGAGCGCGGCCCGAUGGCACUAGCUGCCGCGAUCGCCCACCUGAGCGGGUUCAGCCAGCCGCCCGCCGCCCGGUCGCUGCUGACUCACGAGGAGGGGUAUGUGACGGUGCGCGUGAUCCGCACGGCCAAGAGCCGCAACGGCCCGCUGAUUUCCCCGCGGGCGGUGAUGGGGACUCUCGGGGAGAUCUGCCGCCGCGCUGCUGACAACGUGGGGAAGAUCAAGAUUCUGGGCGAGCGAGACGUGGAGGGUGCAGUUUUUGAUCUACCUGAAGAUGUUGCUAAGGAGCUGCUGAGUCUCCAGAUUGACAACGGGGACGUCUUUGACAUCCCGCGCCAGGUGCGGGACACUAGCACUCAUGUUUCUCCUCCCUAUCCCCCUGCGUUGUCUGCCUGCCUUGCCCACCCAUCCCCUGUGUUGUCUGCCUGCCUUGCCCACCCAUCCCCUGUGUUGUCUGCCUGCCUUGCCCACCCAUCCCCUGUGUUGUCUGCCUGCCUUGCCCACCCAUCCCCUGUGUUGUCUGCCUGCCUUGCCCACCCAUCCCCUGUGUUGUCUGCCUGCCUUGCCCACCCAUCCCCUGUGUUGUCUGCCUGCCUUGCCCACCCAUCCCCUGUGUUGUCUGCCUGCCUUGCCCACCCAUCCCCUGCGUUGUCUGCCUGCCUUGCCCACCCAUCCCCUGCGUUGUCUGCCUGCCUUGCCCACCCAUCCCCUGUGUUGUCUGCCUGCCUUGCCCACCCAUCCCCUGUGUUGUCUGCCUGCCUUGCCCACCCAUCCCCUGUGUUGUCUGCCUGCCUUGCCCACCCAUCCCCUGUGUUGUCUGCCUGCCUUGCCCACCCAUCCCCUGUGUUGUCUGCCUGCCUUGCCCACCCAUCCCCUGUGUUGUCUGCCUGCCUUGCCCACCCAUCCCCUGCGUUGUCUGCCUGCCUUGCCCACCCAUCCCCUGCGUUGUCUGCCUGCCUUGCCCACCCAUCCCCUGCGUUGUCUGCCUGCCUUGCCCACCCAUCCCCUGCGUUGUCUGCCUGCCUUGCCCACCCAUCCCCUGUGUUGUCUGCCUGCCUUGCCCACCCAUCCCCUGUGUUGUCUGCCUGCCUUGCCCACCCAUCCCCUGUGUUGUCUGCCUGCCUUGCCCACCCAUCCCCUGUGUUGUCUGCCUGCCUUGCCCACCCAUCCCCUGUGUUGUCUGCCUGCCUUGCCCACCCAUCCCCUGCGUUGUCUGCCUGCCUUGCCCACCCAUCCCCUGCGUUGUCUGCCUGCCUUGCCCACCCAUCCCCUGUGUUGUCUGCCUGCCUUGCCCACCCAUCCCCUGUGUUGUCUGCCUGCCUUGCCCACCCAUCCCCUGUGUUGUCUGCCUGCCUUGCCCACCCAUCCCCUGUGUUGUCUGCCUGCCUUGCCCACCCAUCCCCUGUGUUGUCUGCCUGCCUUGCCCACCCAUCCCCUGUGUUGUCUGCCUGCCUUGCCCACCCAUCCCCUGUGUUGUCUGCCUGCCUUGCCCACCCAUCCCCUGUGUUGUCUGCCUGCCUUGCCCACCCAUCCCCUGUGUUGUCUGCCUGCCUUGCCCACCCAUCCCCUGUGUUGUCUGCCUGCCUUGCCCACCCAUCCCCUGUGUUGUCUGCCUGCCUUGCCCACCCAUCCCCUGUGUUGUCUGCCUGCCUUGCCCACCCAUCCCCUGUGUUGUCUGCCUGCCUUGCCCACCCAUCCCCUGUGUUGUCUGCCUGCCUUGCCCACCCAUCCCCUGUGUUGUCUGCCUGCCUUGCCCACCCAUCCCCUGUGUUGUCUGCCUGCCUUGCCCACCCAUCCCCUGUGUUGUCUGCCUGCCUUGCCCACCCAUCCCCUGUGUUGUCUGCCUGCCUUGCCCACCCAUCCCCUGUGUUGUCUGCCUGCCUUGCCCACCCAUCCCCUGUGUUGUCUGCCUGCCUUGCCCACCCAUCCCCUGUGUUGUCUGCCUGCCUUGCCCACCCAUCCCCUGUGUUCUGCCCACCCUCGUGGAUGUUCGUGGCGGUGGCAGGGACAGGGACAACUACGGGCCCUUCGGAGCGAGGGGAGGGGACACCAGCACUUAUGUUCCUCUUCCCUAUCCUCCUGUGUUGUUUGCCUUGCCCAUGUGCCCCUCAGCUGCCCACGUUGGUGGAUGAUGAUGUGCGUGGCGGCGGCAGGGACAGGGACAACUACGGACGGUUUGGAGCAAGGGGAGGGGACAGGGGGAGGGGCGGAGGGGACAGGUCUGGUAGCUGGGGCGACGUGGGUGACAGGCGCAGCAGCGGCAGCAGCAGUGGCGGUGGCAGCAGGUUCGGUGGCGACCGUGACCGAUUCUCCUCUCGGGAUCGCCGCCCGGCUGGCGGAGGUUUGGUUAACCGCCGCAAUUUCACCUCUGACGCGUGGGAGAGCGAGGACAGCGAUGGGUACUACACCCCAUCCCCCUUAGAGCGCACCCGCAGUGCUCCCAGCAGGAGUGGUGGGGAUUAUGGGUCGUAUGGUCGCGGGGGUGGAGGAGCAGGAGGUGGAGGGUUUUCGGGGGUUUGCUUCUUGUGCAAGCAACCCGGGCAUAGGGCGGCAGAUUGCCCUGUGGUGGCUGGUCGUUAG